UUCAUUAUCCAAAAACACAAAGUUGGGCCUUGAAAGUUUUGGUUUAAAACAUUCUCCAUGGCUGAGUUCACUCCAAACUUUCAAAGCUUAAAUCAAUCAUCUUUUCCUCUAAUGGAUAAUCCCAACCAAAAUCCAACUCUACUUCAUAACCCAAAAGUUAAUAUUCUUGACAACAACAUUCCUGUUUUGUUCAAUGACAGUUUCUUUAGCAACCAAACUGUUGCUCAUCCUCCUCCUAGAUUCCUGGAAAAUUGGGCAGAAAAUUUCCAAGGAUUUUUCUGUCAAGCCAAUCAAAUCACUCCUAGUUCACCUGUUUUUGAGCCUACCCAUCCACUUGGAAAUGAUCUCCAUGGAAGCAAGAAAAGAAAGCUUGAAACUGAUGCAUAUGAAAGCAGCUCUGGCAACUCAACCCCUCAAAUUUCUGAAAAUGGGAUCAAGACAAAAAAUAAUGCUGGAAAAGGAAAGCGGUCCAAAAAGGGUGACGAAAACGACGGCGAGAAUCCGAGGGAAGUGGUUCAUGUUAGAGCCAGAAGAGGUCAAGCAACAGAUAGUCACAGUGUAGCAGAAAGGAUAAGAAGAGGAAAAAUCAAUGAAAGAUUGAGAUGUUUGCAAGACAUUGUCCCAGGUUGUUACAAGACAAUGGGAAUGGCAGUAAUGUUGGAUGAGAUAAUCAAUUAUGUACAAUCUUUGCAGAAUCAAGUUGAGUUUCUUUCUAUGAAACUCACAGCUGCAAGCUCCUAUCAUGACUUCAACUCAGACUCAGAUGCUGAAGACAAAUUGAAGGCAAAGGAAAUAAGAGAAGGAAAUGGAGGAUUACUGGUUGCAUCAGCUCAACUUGGUCCUUUUGACUUGAGCUUUGGUUCUUAUUCAACAUUGCCAUUCAACACCAUAUGAUCAACCAACCUUAGCUUAGAGCUCCUAUAUUAAUUAUUAUUCUUCAUUUUUCCAUGACCAAUAUUUGUUCCCACUUUAAUUUAUAAGCCAUACUUAAAAUUGAUUUAUCCUUGUAAUCAACCUCUCAUACAUAUGAGAAUUUAUUUUAUGGAUAUAUAAAUGUAAUGGGUAGUUUUUUAAUAUAAUUUUAUAAACAUUGCCUU